UAAAGCUGCAAGAUGUUGGCUGUUUAGUAACUGUACAGCCUCCAAAACACCGCAAACAAGACGAUUUAAGAUAAAUUAGUCCUCGCACGUGUGUGUGUGCAGGUUAAUUAGCAGUAGGCUGUGUUGGAGCCAAGAUACACAGUGUUUGUUGGGGAAAAGCUGCAGUGGGCUGCGUUUAAACCAGGAUAUACAGUGUUUUUUAUAUGUAGGCUGCUGUAGACUGUUGGGGCCAGGACACAGUGUUUGUAGGGGCCACACAGUGUUUUUGGGGCCAGGACACUCAGUGUUUGUUGGGGACACUCAGUGUUUGUUGGGGCCAGGACACACAGUGUUUGUUGGGGACACUCAGUGUUUUUGGGGCCAGGACACACAGUGUUUGUUGAGGACACACAGUGUUUGUUGGGGGUGAGCUCUGCAGGUUGAGCACCAUGAGCAGGCCUCCGCCGGACAUUAACGACAUGACUUCCCUCAAAGUGAACAACCUCACCUACCGGACGUCUCCCGAAACACUCAGGCAGGUGUUCGAGAAGUACGGCCGUGUAGGGGACGUGCACAUCCCCAGAGACCCCUGCACGAGGGAGAACCGGGGCUUUGCAUUCGUGCGUUUCCACUACAAGUGCGACGCAGAGGAGGCUUUGGACGGGAUGGAUGGCACCGUGCUGGACGGACGGGAGCUCCGGGUGGAGAUGGCCCACGUCGAUCACGUGGAGAUUCUCACCUCCCUGAAAGUGGACAACCUGACCUACCGCACAUCUCCAGACACGCUCAGAGUGAUGUUUGAGAUGUACGGCCGGGUAGGGGACGUGCACAUCCCCAGAGACCCCUACACCAAGGAGAGCAAAGGCUUCGCGUUUGUGCGUUUUCACCACAAGCGGGACGCAGAGGACGCGAUUGAUGCGAUGGAUGGAGUGAUGAUGGACGGACGGGAGCUGCGGGUUCAGAUGGCCCAUGGAGGAGGAGGAGGAGGAGGAGGCCGGCGGGAAGGGCAGCCCCGGAGGUCUGGAGGACAUGACCGCAGAAACAGGAGGAGUGAAAAUUUCACCCCAAGCUGCAGCUCCAGAGCGAGCAGCGUGGCUGACGGACAUUUCCUGGACGACGAAGCCGCCGGUCCGUCGCGGUUGCUCUGGAACGAGGGGCGGUCUCUCCAGUUCCCUGACCGCUUCAGCCCCACGCCUAAACGAAGGAAACUAAUGGACCCCAUCGGCGUUGAGGAUGACGAGAAGGGUCUACACAAUGCCGACAUUACAACCGUGCAGCCGCCUCGCACUCCGAAGAGUCUCGUGCUGCUGGAAAGUCUCGCUGUGCUCGCAGCGGAGAACGACAUUCUGAGAGAGGAGAAUGAGGAAUUGAAAAGACAAUUAGAGAAACAGAGACAAACUUUUUUCCUUUAGCCUAAUUUCCUACCAAUCCUGACAGAGUUCAGUAUUUCAGACACUUCUCUCUGAAUACGGGCUGUGAUAUCACGCUGAGUGGACUAUCAGAACAAUGCUCCAAGUCGAUCAGUUCCUCCUGAACUUUAAUGACGCUUAAACUUAAAGGAGCAGUCUGUAGGAUUUAGUGGCAUCUAGUGGUGAACUGAAUAUCUCAAAUCAAUCAAUUAAAGCCCUUUUUAUACAUUUAAACAAAACAAAAGUGACUUAAUAAAAACAAGAAUUGAGGAAACGCCAUCAUAACUCAUGAAACGCCAGAGGUAGGAUAAACAUUUAAAAACUAACAACACCAUUAAUGAAAUAUAAUAAAGUAAAGUAGAUAAAACCAGAAAUGUGAGGAGGGAUAUUAAAUGGAAACAAAGAUAAGAAGAAAAGAAAAAAGUAAAAACAACUAAAGAGGAAAUGUGAUGAUGUAAAACCAGCAGUAAAACAGGCUGAAACAAUUAUUUUAAGUUCUAUUGAAAGCCAGAUUAAAAAAGGUUUGGUUUGUCCAUUCUGGGCCACUGUAGAAACAUGGCGACUUCUGUGGAAGACGACCCACUCUCUAUGUAUAAAGGCUCAUUCUAAGGAUUCUUAUUUUAGUGGGAUUACACGCUUAAUUAAAACAUACUCAUGAAUCUCUGAUCCUGUAAAGGCCACUAAAGUCUACACACUGCACCUUUUUAAUUGCAGGUUUAAUGGGAGCGCAGUCACAGUCAGCAACGUCUUACCCGUCACCAUCAUUACUGUGUCCCACUGAUUACAGCUCUGUUCUAAGUGUAGGAUGAUGCUUUACUGCACCAACAUCACUGUCUCCAACACUGAGAGGUUUAUUUGUACAAAGGGCUCUGAAAGGCUCUAAUUCAGACGUAUCCAAACUAUCCGAUAAAUGUCCGUGUGCCUGCAGGUUCAGUUUAGAUUAAAGCACGCUCACUUCUGUAUGAAGAAACCCUCGAUGUUAAUGAACCGUACCAUCAGAGCACAGACAAGCUAAACCGUUAUUUUAAUAAAUCAUUUUAUUUAGAUUGAAUAUUUUCAGGAGAGAAAGCAACUAUGUAAAUUAGGUCUGGGCAAUAUAUCAAUAUCAUAUCGAUAUCGUCUUAAAUAUUGGAUAUUGUAAUAUUGAGAUAUGGCAUAAGUAUCUUUUCCUGGUUUUAAAGGCUUCUCUAGAAAGAGUAAAAUUAGACUCUUCUAGCUGAUCUGUUAUUCGCCUUUACACCCUUAGUCGUUAUAACCACACUAUUGAUCGUUAUUUAUGAAAACUCUCUUUAUGUAAAUAUUUGGUGAAAGCACCAAUAGUCCUCCGAUAUCGGUAUCGAAGGUAUUUGGUCAAAAGUAUUGUCAUGUUUGAUUUUGUCCAUAUCGCCCAGCCCUGAUGUCCCAAUAUGUGGUCAGUUUAUCAGAAACACUUUUUUUUUUUCUCUCACAUUUAUAUUUAUUGAAAUGUGGUGAUUUAUUGUACACAUUGAGCCCCCGAAAAUUACGACCACUUUAUUUACAUCUGAUCUUGCGAUGCGGUUCUUUAACAGAGAAGGUUUCAUCGUACUGAGGUGAGCGUGGUUUUAAUCUAAACUGGGUUGGAUGAACGAUAGACGCUGAAGGUUUUUGUUUCUAACCAAUCAAGAGCCAACACGAUUCGACCAAUCAGCUGUUUUAAAGACUGAGAUAAGUUUAUUAAAUGAGUCGAAUCACGAUCACAAUGCUGUAAUUGGUGUGGCUCCCAUUGGAGGGAUUACCUGUAUGGUGAUUGGUCAGCUGACUGCGGACUUCUCAGGCAUCUACAUCCAGGUUGUAAUGGUGGUAAUGGUGGUUAUGGUGGUAAUGAAGUGAACGAUUGACUGAUAUCCAGUGAUUGGAUAUAAAUGUGCAGAGGCUGAAACUGGUGAUUUGCACCACAUCCAGGUGAACAUUAUUGAAUAACACUGAUUCAUGCCUUUUGCCUUGUUUUGAUUUAUUUUAACUUGUUUAUUUUGCA